AUGUGGCUCUAUCUGGCAGUUCUUGUGGGCUUCUACUACCUAUUGCGCUGGUAUCGUGAGAGACAGGUAAUAAGCAACCUGCAAGACAAGUAUGUCUUCAUCACGGGCUGUGAUUCCGGCUUUGGGAACCUGCUGGCCAGACAGCUGGACUUACGAGGCCUGAGGGUGCUGGCUGGGUGUCUGACGGAGCACGGAGCUGAGCAACUGAGAGAAAAGACAUCAGACAGACUGGAGACAGUGAUUCUGGAUGUCACCCAGACAGAGAGCAUCGCUGCAGCCACCCAGUGGGUGAAGGAGCGCGUCGGGGACAGAGGACUCUGGGGCCUGGUCAACAAUGCAGGCAUUAUCUACCCAACUGGCUGCAGUGAAUGGCUGCAGAUUGAGACCUAUGUGAAUAUCCUCCAAGUGAAUCUGAUUGGUUUGAUCAAGGUGACCUUGGGCAUACUUCCCUUGGUGAGGAAAGCACAGGGGAGGAUUGUUAAUGUCUCCAGCGUCCUGGGAAGAAUUGCAUUCUUUGGAGGAGUCUACUGUAGCUCCAAGUAUGGAGUGGAAGCUUUUUCAGAUGUUCUGAGGCGUGAGCUUCAACAUUUUGGAGUGAAAAUCAGCAUAGUUGAACCUGGCUACUUCAGAACCGGAAUGACAGACCUUCAGCUGUCUUUAGAGAAAAUGAAGCAAGCUUGGGAAGAAGCGCCUGCCGAUAUCAAGGAGACUUAUGGACAGCAGUUUUUUGAUGCCUAUUACAACAGGACCAAACAAGGGCUGUUGAGGUGUAGCACCAACCUGAACCUGGUCACUGACUGCAUGGAACAUGCUCUGACAUCUGUGCAUCCCCGCACUCGGUACUCAGCUGGUUGGGAUGCUCAAUUUUUCUUCAUCCCUUUAUCUUAUCUACCGACAUCACUAGCAGACUAUAUAUUAACUAGAUCUUUGCCCAAGCCAGCUCAGGCUGUCUAA